UGUUGAGAAGAAACGUUAGUUUACUGUUUAGCUUGCUGACUUUCAGUUCGAAAGGUGAGCAGCUAAGAAUGGACCUGAUCUCUGCAGGACGUCAUUGAGUAGCUCAGUAAAAUGACGUCCGCUGUUGCGCCGUUGGAUCAAUGCUUGGCGUUGUGGAAAGGUGCAUCUACUGACAAUGAAAAACUGGCUGCCUUGAUGCUGGUUACUCGAGUCUUCAAUGGCGAGAAUAGCGAUGCAGUGUCGCGUAGAACUCUAUUCCAGUGCAUUGGAUUCGAGUUUCUGGAUCGCCUCUUGAAAAGUCCAGUUCCAGAAGGCAGUGCAAGCCACGCGUAUGUGGCGCUGUCUCUGUCGUUGCUCAGUGCAUACGCCACGGACGAAGAGAUGCUGAUUAGUGCUGGCAUGCUGGAGAAAAUUCCAUUAUACCUAGAUUGCCUCUGCCACGGUGAGGUGAGCAUUGCAUCGGACAGUGCACAGAUACUUCUUGCGUUGGCCAACACGGUGGAAGGUCGACGGCAAAUCUUGUGCGCAUCAAAGUGGGAGGCCGUGUUUGCCAGUGCUGCUUCAGCAAGUUCAGUGUCUGGUACGGCCAUGGAGAUUGUCAAGGGUCUGCUCGCAUCUGGGGCCAUAAGUGAAGAUGAGGUCAGCCGGUACUCGUCCGUGUGCUACAAAAUUGUCUUAGAGCUGUCAGAAAAAUUCCAGGCCAACCAAGACAAGGAAAAAUUUGAAAUAGCCGGACAUAUCGAAUUCUUCCUUACUUAUGCAUGUAGUCAUUUCAGAGAUGGUAGUUCUUCGACAGCAGCUGGACAACUAUUAAAUGAUGAUGCUUGGAAGCAGAGCAUACACCAGGGUCUGUUUGACAUUCUGCGCAGUCGUUUAACCGCGGAGCUACGGUGCCAGGCAUUUUCACUGCUCGUGCCCAUGAUUGGUCUGUGUGGUAUUGACUGGAUGUUACCAGCCAACAGCAGCAAUGGUGGUGAGUCGAGCAAGUCUUCGCUAUUGGUACUGUGCACCACACUUGUUGGAGUAGAAAUCAAUGUUCAUCUUGCUGAUGCCGAGGCUGAUACUGGCAGCAAGUUGUCACCGGACGCUCGCUCUACUCUUGUGGACUGUUUUCGUAUAAUGGAGGCUUCGGUGUCGGGAAUAGCUAGCCUAGCGGAUGAUAUGGAUGACGGCAAGCGGCCAGUGCUGAGUAUGGAGGCCAUUCUCUCGCUGCACAGCACUAUCACGGAUGCGUUGCGCUCUGUGUUGUGUUUUCUAGCUUGCCUGACUCCUGAGCAACCGAGCUUGCAGACCGACAGUCUUGUUGUUGGUGCUGCCCGCCUUGUUGCUGUGUGGGCUGAGGACGAGGUCGAGAUGCUCAGAAGUGAAUUAGCGGCAUGCACGGAUAUCCUGCGGUGUGUCGCUCAGAACAGUCCGAAUGAUUCGGUAUUCCGCAGCUUAGACGGUCUUUUUGGCAUGGUUGUAGCAGACUAAAGGUAGCCACAUUUGAUGCCCUUGGGGGAGCUGCUGGUUUCGGGUCUCUUUCACUACCGUUCUAUUUCCUUACAGUUGUCUCCUGCUGGAUGCAGGUUAGGACAAUACCAGUGAGCUGCUGGCUUCGGCUCUCUGUGUUUCCUCACUCAUUUUAAUUGCGAAAACGCAUCUUUCUGGUAUGGAUGACGGUUUUCAUGGAAAUUAACCAGUGACUCUUAUACACGUAGAAGCACUGCUGUAUUGUGAGGUGGCUUUUGAUGGCCUUGGCUUCCCCUGCCUGCUAGGUACCAGUGCUAGAGGUGACCAAACUGGCAAGUAGUGCUACAGACUGCAGUAGCGGACAGUUGUGCACUGUGCUGAGUGAGACCUGAUACAGUGCUUUCCAUGGUUAUGUUGCAUGGUCAAUUCCAUGAAUCACUUGAUCACAGCUCAGCUGUAUCUGCAUCAGGGUGGGAUCGAGGAAGUCUGUGCUGCCGGUAUGGUGUGCUCUACACCUGGUCUCACAGACUACAUGUACAUGUACAUGGAAGGAUGGUACAUGUACAAUACCACAGUACAAGACAGUAGAAUCUACACUGCCAGGAUAUGAAAAUGCUAUUGCAGUGUACAUGUGUAUACACUGCAGAGUGCAGUUAGUUUUCGCCCGCGAUCUUUUUACUUGUGAAACGGUGACAAUAGAUCAGUAAACAGUGUAUGUCUGCCAGCAACGUGAUGACACAUUGUGACAAUGAUAGCCAGAGAAAACCGGGUCAUGAUUGAAGCGGCUAUUACAAUCGCCCUGUUUAUCAUCUCUUCACUGUCCCCGAUGCUCUGGAUGCUUCUGGUGGAUCCCUCCUGUCAGCAGCGACUCCCAAGCUAUUAAAGGCGGUGUGCAAGGGCGUUAACUACACUUCCCCAAACAUCUUUGGGUUCCUGGUCCCAGGGAGUCAUAUCCAAGACAAAAUUAAUUAGAUCCUGCUCUUGGUAAGACCAGGGAGUCGUAUAAACUUUAUACGACUCCCUGGUAAGACCAAACAACGUCCAUGAACAGGAGUGUCACGGUUCGCAAGUCAUUUUGCAAUACUAAUUUGAAUGUUUUUGUUGCUGACACUUGCUGUUGCUGUUGCUGCUGCUGCUGAUGCUGCAGCUGUUGUUGUUGUUGUUGUUGUUGUUGUUGCUGUUGCUGUUGUUGAUUUUGUUUGGGCUUCAAACUAGGAAAAGGCCUGGCACUUGU